AUGUCACUGAAUCCUAAGACAUUUUUCGAUAUCAGUAUUGGCGAUAGUCCCAUUGGACGCAUUGUCUUCGAGCUUUAUGAGAAAGAGGCACCCAAGACUGUGGAUAAUUUUGUGAUAUUAUGUACUGCAGCAGAUUCAUAUCUCGAAGAUACCCCAUUGAAGUUUAGGAAUAACUAUUUCCAUCGUGUGGUCAAGAAUUUUGCAAUUCAAGCCGGUGAUGUUUUCCAUUGUUCAGAUAAAUAUGAAAAGAAUGAUAAUACUGGUAAAGGUGGAUGCUCCAUAUAUGCAUCCACAGAAGACCUAAUUAAAAGAGAUGCAGAAUCGUUAUGCUUUGGAGAUUUUGAAGAUGAGAAUUUAAAAAACUUUGAUAAACCAUUUCUGCUUGCAAUGGCUAAUAAAGGUGAACCGAACACCAAUAGUUCACAAUUUUUCAUUACUACAAGUCCUGCACCUCAUUUGAACGGUAAGCAUACGUUAUUUGGCCGUGUGGUUCAUGGUAAAUCUGUAGUUCGUACCAUUGAACGCUGUUCGGUGGAUUCUGAUGGAUUCCCUGAAUCAUGUAUAAGAAUUGUUAGUUCUGGUAAGUGGUCUGAAGGUGAUCCUUUACCUCUGCAUAAUGCCAGUAAUGAUACCAUUGGGGGUGAUAUCUAUGAAGAAUAUCCAGAUGAUAAUGAAAAUUUUGAUGAAGAUAAUUUUACACUUGCCUUCAAAGUAGCAAACACCAUUAAGGAAUCAGGUACUUUGUUAUACAAGAAGAAGGAUUUCCAGAAUGCAUACUACAAAUAUAUAAAAUCUUUGCGAUAUGUCAAUGAAUUUAUUCCGGAAGAAAGUGUGGAUAAGGCUAACAGAAUCAACUUCAUCAAUUUGAAAAGUAAACUCUAUUUGAAUUUGUCAUUAGUGUUGUACUACCUACAAAAUUAUGACGAAUCUAUCAAAUAUGCGACUUAUUUAUUAGAGAUGGAAAACAUCCCUGAUGCAGAUCAAGCCAAAGCACUCUACAGAAGAGGUAACAGUUAUUCCGCCAAGAGGAAGUGGGAAGAGGCCCUCAAAGAUUACAAGUCAUGCCAGGAGAAAAACGAUCAAGAUAAAGUUGUGGUGGAAAAGAUUGAAGGUGUAGAAAAGGAGUUGGAAAAGAAGAAGGAAAAAGCUAAACAGACUAUGUCCAAAUUUUUCACUGAAUCCACUGAGGAAUAA